AUGCCUCGGAAUUUUCCCGCUCUGCAAUUUCAUUCGGGAUCGAACGGGGCGCAAAAGGACAAGGACUGCAGCGGUAUCAUUAUGUACAAAGCGAAGAUCGAUGAGGCUGAGGAUCUGGGCAACCUGUGCCGUCACUGCCGCGACUUGGCGUCCACAGAAGAAUUAUUCUCGGAAGAAAGCAUGAAGGUGCCGGAUGCGUCAAAGGCCCCAGAUUUUGUUAUUUGA